ACAUAUUGGAUUGAAAACUUAUAAAGAUAUGAAAAAGUAUCUAAUUUGUUUCGCCUUUCUCGCAUGAUUAAGAAUCCUGGCGAAUUUGCAAAAGGAACCGGGUGAGUAGUACGGAGUGAUGCUUGGCAUGGGGUAAUGGAAUGCAUCUCUUGUGCGCAUUGUGUUUGCGCAUGUCUGAGCAAGUGAACAAAGGAAAAGAAAGUAGUGACAUAUCUAAAUUUGCGUUUCUUCUUAUUUUGAAUAACCUCUUCAUCAGUACCGAACAUCUGGUGGYAAGACCAGACAGUAWRAGCCUCAUAAUKUUGAUUUUCAAGACAUUACGGGUAGCUCGAUUGGUACCGCCGACGAAGGUAGUUGAGAUUUCGACAAAAAUCAACGUGUUUUGGUUUUUGGUGCGCCUUACUCCUUCCUUCUACUGUGGGUUGUUCCGCGAACGACGUGCAGGUGCCAAACGAAUGAAAAGGAAUCCGGCCUUGGCACGUUCUUCGUGGGGAGAUCUGGAGAUUGGAGCUGUUGCUAUGAUGAGAGCGAGGAAAAAGGUUGAAAAAGAGAUGAAACAAAAAGGGAAGGUUGCAUAUGCAUGGUACAUACUUAAAACCCGGAUAGAAAAUAGUAAGUUGAAAAGAUCUUCUGAAAAGCUUUUCAUUGAUUAUGACAAAGAAACAAKUCAGGCGCCAUAUUCACCCAGCUCAUUCAAACUCUUGCCUUUACCACUUCUUGUUYGAACCUGGAACAAACUUUUUGGUCGCAAUAUCUUAAUUCAAGCCUUACGGUUUUUCCAUAUUCUACCCGGCACAARUUUAGAGUUAAAACGUCAAAUUGCUGCAACUAGAAUUCAAAGGGCAUGGAGAAAUCGCAAUGCAGAAUAYGGGGAACCGCAUCCGGGAGGCGAGGGAAGCCAAGCCUGGAGGAGCACAGUUGACUCCAACUCUCAUGCUGGCGGAAGUUUCUGGGAUGGAAGCACUUUUCGUAUGUCGAGAAAUAAUGCUCUAGCGAGCCCAAAAAAGGAAGGCUYUAACAACCGAAAGUUGAGACGGAAACGAAAGAAGAAAGUAGACCCGUCUCAAGUUGGGACGGCAAUGGCUGGAUUGACGGGGCGAAGUGUUGCCAUAUUUCUUGUGAUCAACUUGAUUCUGACCUUAGWWYUKACGUACACCGAACGAGACACGACGGUGGCUUCAACGAUGGUUGUUUUGCAUGGGCAAACAACGACACAARCAACAGACUUUGCGUGGAAAGCUGUAGAUACAGCUCGUCGCAGUACCRUUCCAAACCUWUAUUCUUAUUCUGCAUCAUCGAUGAAAAAAAAUAUUAACUUUAACUGGACGUUUGGAGAACAACCUGAAAAUCGACCAGUUAACACGCUAAAUGUCACAGUCAAAGACGAAUUGGGUGGAGUCAGCACUGGUUUGAUCGACAGAGAAGCUUUCGUUGAURAGAASGCUAWGAUGGAACUGCUUCUUACAUUUUGUGUUCUACUUACUUGGUUUUUUGGAGUAGCUGCUUUUGCUGGACCCAUCAUAACAUUGGUUAUUAAUCCAAUCGAGCGGGCAGUCAAGCUCUUGAGUAUGCUUGUAAUGGAUCCGUUGGGUUACCAAAAUACACUGCAGUACAAGCAGUUUUUAACGGAGUCGGAUUUUAAUGCCAAAACUAGUCGAUGGUCGAAAGAAGUGUUGAAAGGAAUGGAAACAGAUUUUCUCAUGUCCACAAUCGUCCGAAUUGGCUCUUUGAUGAAAGUCGGCUUCGGGUCUGCUGGAGCCCAAAUCAUCAGAAACAGCCUUCAAAAAAGUGAUAACAAUGACACUGGUACAUUGAUAUUGAACUCAGAAGGCUCUAUGGUUUCUUGCAUCUUUUUGUUUUGUGACAUUCGAAGCUUCACUGACGCUACUGAAUGUCUUCAAGAAGAGGUUUUUGCAUUUACAAACCAAGUUGCUGCCGUGGUUCAUUCUAUCUGUAGUUCUUAUGGAGGUUCUGCAAAUAAGAAUAUCGGAGAUGCUUUCCUUGUAAGUUGGAAGUUGGAUGAGGUCCAUAGUGGAAAUCAUGGAAGCCGCAACGGUCUAGCUACACGUCAUCAGGCAGACAAAGCCCUCUUAUCUGUCGUGAAGAUUUCAAUCGCGCUUCAUCAUGAUGACUUUUAUGUUGGGCUACUUUCAGAUCAUGCAAAAGCAGCUCUAUUGRCCAAAUUCAAGGACCGACCAGGCCCAAUUGUUCAGCUGGGUUUUGGCUUACACGCAGGAAAGGCGAUCGAGGGAGCGAUAGGAUCGCAACGCAAAAUUGAUGCCACAUACGUUUCGAUGGCUGUAGAAAGAGCUGAAUACCUCGAAACGUCAACGAAGAAGUACAAMGUAAACAUGCUGAUGUCUGGUAGUUUCCAUCGUCUCCUUCAAAAAAGUAGACGGGCAAAGUGCCGGAUGAUUGAUCGCCUCAUGUUCGAAGAUGAAUACAUCGAUUUUUGUAGGGAAGACGAUAACAAUCAAGGAAAACUUCUGGAGCUUUUUACUUAUGAUAUUGAUGUAGAUGCUCUGUUCGAGGAUUCACAAAGUGAUGAAGAUGAGUCGAGCGAAAGCCUGUCCAUCACCGACGGUGAUUUGUCGGGAAUGUUUGGUUCCAUACGAGAUCUAAGUCGUGGCAGUUUUGGGAUAUUGUCAAGGCGAAGUAGAUCGGGAACGCGGAAAAGUAAUAAUUCAAACUCGGGAAGCUUGAGGGCCGACAACCAACACAUAAAAGCGGCAAUCGCUGCUGCUACUGCAAAAGCGUUGCGAACUGGUCAUAUUUCGACUGCAGAAUCUAUCGAAGAAGCAACAAAAAAGAAAGUUCGCGAGCUUGUGCUUCCUACAGGUCCUGCAUUGUACUCUGAGAACUUGUGGCUUCAGAAAGACAUAAAACGCAUACGGCGACGGUACACGACUCCUUUUUUUGAUACGUAUAACCUUGGUUUACGAAAAUUUUAUUCAAAAGACUGGGAUGAAGCAAAGAUACUUUUCGAAGCCAACUUGGAUCGUUUCGAGGACGGCCCAUCAAGGUACUUUUUGGAUGAGAUGGAUAAGUACAAUGGGAUACCGCCUGAAAAUUUUAAACCGUAUGGAAAAGAGUGAUUUCUAGAUGAUAAUGUUUGUUGCGGAAAUUUUCUUUCACUGCUUGUAGAAGAUUGAAUAUGAUUGUGUAUCUUAGCUGAGGUGUCGAGCCUUGGUGCGACCUGGACGGCUAUAUAAGUAUGGU